AUGUCUCCAUCUAGCACCAGCCAUGAUUUUGCUGAGAAAGACGGCCAAUUUCGUCGGAAACCCUCAGCGUUCCGCAGCCUCAUCUCUUCUGAUCCAAACUCGGAGUUCCCAGCAGAGAAAGAUCGAUAUGCCCUUUACAUCCACAUGGGCUGUCCUUGGGCGCAUCGUACGAACUUGGUGCGCAGUUUGAAAGGACUUGAGCAGGUUGUGCAGUUGAUUGUGUGGGAUACCUCCCUGGUACAUGAGAAGAAGGGAUGGGGUAUGUCCGGCAAACCCGGGUUCGAGAAAGAGCCACUCUAUGGUUAUACGAACUUGAGGCAGCUGUACGAAAGGGCCAAUCCGGACUACGAAGGGCGCUACCUCGUCCCAACGCUGUGGGAUAAGAAAAGACAAACAAUUGUAAACAAUGAGUCUAGUGAGAUCAUCCGGAUGUUUUAUACCGAGUUCGAUGCGCUCAUCCCAGAACAUCUCCGAGAGUCUAGUAAGGGCGACAAAGCUAUCUUGCCAGACCACUUGCGCAAGGAUAUCGACGCCAUGAACGAGUGGGUGUACGAUACGGUUAACAAUGGCGUAUAUAAGACUGGUUUUGCGCAGAGUCAGGAGGCAUACGAAGAGCAUGUCUACCCCGUUUUCGAGUCUCUCGAUCGCUUGGAGGAACACCUUUGCCAAUCAGGCCAUGGGCCGUAUUUGUUCGGCGAUCACAUCACUGAGGCAGAUAUCAGGUUGUAUCCCACACUCAUCAGAUUCGAUGUUGCAUACUUCACAAUCUUCAAAUGCAACCUAAAGAUGAUCCGGUAUGAAUACCCGCAGCUCCACGAUUGGCUGCGCAGGUUGUACUGGGAUGAGAGUGAAGCGACAAACUACGGUGCUUUCAAGAAGACAGUUGACUUUCAAGCGUACAAGGAGGGAUACUCGAAUGCUACGAAGGCGAAGAUCGUACCUGCAGGACCGAAACCUGAGAUCAUGCCCUUAUAG